GAAUAACCUAAAAAGAAAUAAAACUGCGGAUUUGUGCGGAUAUAUAGUGAUAAAUAUAAAUGUACUGUUUUUAAUAUUAUAAUUAUUUAAUAUUAUAAUGAAAAGAGGCCCUUACAAAAAGUAUCUAAAAAUUAAUGAUAUCCCAAUUCCAGGGAGAACAGUGCACCGUCAUCUAAUCGAGAAUGUCGUUGGAAAUAGAGAAGGUCGACAGAUUCAUGAUGUCAGGGCAGAAAAUGAUAGUGAUAGCGAUAAUUCAGCAAUAAUAGAACGUAGAAAGUCAUAUAAACAAUACCUGAGAGCUAACAACAUUGCAAUUCCAAAGAGAACGGAACAUCGACGUCAUCUAAAAGAAAAUAUUGAAGCAAACGAAGAGAAUCGUAACAAUAGAUUUAGAAAUGUCCAAGUGGAAGGUAUGAAUGAUGUAGAUAAUGAUAGACCAAUAUUGGUUGAUAACAAUGAUGAUGUAAUACAUUUUAAUAUGAAUCAACAGAAUAUUGAACAAAAUACAAUCAAUAAUACUGAUGAUAACGGAACAACUGAUAGCGAUUGGAGCGAUAUACAUCAUAAUGAGAGUGAUUUAAUAGAUGAUGAUGAGAGUGAAAUUUUUCACGACGCUAUCGAAGAAAAUUUAGAGCCUUUUAUUCCGCAGGAAAGGAUUCCUUUAUAUAAUGAUUGCGAUCUAACAAAAGAAGAAAGCGAGCUACUUAUCAUGGCAUUUACAGUUCGACAUGGACUUUCAGACUAUGCACUGAAAGAUUUACUAGAGCUUGUUAACUGUCAUUUACCAUACGCACAACAUAUAUCGAAAUACUUGUUUUUAAAGAAAUUUACUCCUCUAGUUACGAUUAUACCGCAUUUUUACUGUCCUGAGUGCAAAAAUAAUAUUUUGAAAUUUGUCGAUGCUGCAUUGCUUGGUCGAUGCGAUGACUGCAAACGUGAUUAUUCCAAAGAUGAUUUGAAGAAAAAAGGAAGCUAUUUUUUACAGUUACCUCUAGAUAAGCAAUUGACAAGAAUAAUGAAUAGUCAGCUUUAUUAUAAACUUUCCAAAGACAGAAUAAAUCAAAGUGAUGUAGUUAAUGGACGAGUGUAUCGUAAAAUGAUGGAGGAACAAGUGAUCACUGAACAAGACAUAACGUUACAAUGGAAUACUGAUGGCGUACAAGUUUUCAACUCAUCCAAAGCCUCAUUUUGGCCUAUUCAAGUCAGCAUAAAUGAAUUGCCAUAUCGUUUAAGAAGAGAAAAUAUAAUGUUAUGUGGUCUUUGGUAUGGACCUGAUAAACCUGUUAUGGACAUUUUCCUUAAACCUUUUGUAGAAGAAUUAAUCACUCUUCAUAACAAUGGAAUAGAAUGUAUCACACCACAAAACCCUGAAGGAAUUAAAAUCAAAGUGCAUACGCUUAUCGCAUCUGUAGAUUCAGUUGCUCGACCACUAUUGCAAAACAUUAAACAAUUCAAUGGAGAAUUUGGAUGUUCUUUUUGCUUAAAAAAAGGAGACAGAGUACCAAUCCGAAGAGGUUAUACACGAACCUAUUGUGGUGAUGUAGGUAUACGUCGUACCUCAGAGCAACAUAUAACCGACUGUGCUGAAGCGAUUGAAACAAAUUCACCCGUUCGAGGCGUUAAAGGACCAUCUAUAUUAAUGUUGUUACCCGUAUUUAACAUUAUACAUUCGUUCGUACCUGACUAUAUGCACAGUAUACUGUUAGGAGUUACUAAAACAUUUGUUUGUAAUAUUUGGUUAAAUCCAGUAUAUAGUGAUAAUAGACCGUGGUAUAUUGGAAAUAAAAUUAAAGAAAUUGAUGAAACACUAUUAAAUAUAAAACCACCUUGCGAAGUUACUAGAACACCACGGUCAAUACAAGAUAGACAACUUUGGAAAGCUUCGGAGUGGAAAAAUUUUCUUCUGUACUACUCACUGUUAUGUGUGUUGGAUAUAAUACCUCCAGUAUACGCCAAACAUUGGUCAUUGUUAGUUUUUAGCAUGCAUAUCUAUCUUAAAGACAAAAUUGACAAAAAUGAACUAAAAAUAGCAAAAAAAGCGUUACAAAAAUUUGUUUUUAAAGUUGAAACUUUGUAUGGACAAGAAUUUGUAAAAUUUAAUGUACAUUUGCUUCUUCAUAUUCCAGAAGCAGUAUUGAAUUUUGGAUCAUUAUGGGCACAUUCAACAUUUCCUUAUGAGCAUUUUAACGGAAUAUUAGGGAAAUUAUUUCAAAAUUCACAAGUAGUACCUAAGCAAAUAUGUAAAUCAUAUUUAAGACUCAAAACUGUCGAUAAAAUAAGCAAUACUGCUUUUUCACAUGAAAAUUGUGCAGUUCGUGCAAAGACGCUCUUUAAUAGAAUGUUGGGGUCGCGGAAAAUUAAUUUAUGUGUCGAUUAUGGACCGCAUUUAAGAUUAUUAGGUUCAAGUGUUAACAUAACAUUGUCUAUUACAGAACAAGUAUCUAUCACAGAAUUGUUACAAGAAGACAUAGUAGCAAACGACGUUCAGUCUUACAAACGUUUUAUUUUCAAGGGCAUUUUAUAUCAUUCAACUAAUUACGAGCGUCUCAGAAAAAGAGAAAAUAGUACUGCACAACUGACCAAUGGAACUUAUAUUUUGAUUACGAAAAUUCUUAUGAUUCGUAAAAUCAAUUCCAAUAACUAUAUAUGUAUUAUUGUUGGUAAUAAGUUUUUAUCGCUCAAUUUAGAACUUCCUAAGGAUUCAGAAAUUCAGAAUAGUUCCAAAAUAUACAGUAGCAUUGUGCGAAAAACAGAACAAAUUACUUGUAUUCUUCCGGAGUCACUUAAGACAAAAUGUAUAAAAAUAGAUUAUAAUUCACAAAGAAACCAAUGUAUAAUUAUGCCUCUUGUAAAUUCUACAGAAAUUGAUUAAAUUGUAUUUUAAAA